GCUGUGGCUCCGCCCCAAGGGCGCUCUCUUCCUCCGUAGCCUCUAGCACGAUCACGUCCCCUCUCCCCCUUGACGUCACCAAGAUUUACGCGAGGCGCGCGGCCGAGAGUUGGUUAAUGGUCCCCCGCGAUCUGCUUCUUGUCCUGGACAGUGGAAGAGGCUUCCCAGGGCUGCUGCGAUGUGGAGCCCAGGGCGGGUCAGUCGGCUCCUGGAUCUAUGCCUUUGGUACAUUGUGGAGACUAUUUCCAGGUACAUCACAGACAUUAAGCCUUUGCCUCCUAACAUAAAAGAUGGACUGAUUAAAAUAAUGAGUGUCAAGGGACGGAUAACAGAUUCAAAUAUAAAUGAGAUUUUACAUCCCGAAGUCCAAACUCUGUAUCUACAAAGUUGUGAUAUCUCUGAUACUGCUCUCCAGCACGUGUGUAGCUGCAGAAAACUGAAGAAACUGAAUUUAAGUUCCUCAGAAGGAAACAGAGGUUCCAUAACUUCAGAAGGAAUAAAAGCUGUGGCUUCAUCUUGUUCAUAUCUGGAAGCAGUUUCUCUGAAAAGAUGCUACAGCCUCACUGAUGAAGGAGUCCUUGCUCUUGCACUCAACUGCCGGCUGCUCGAGUUUAUUGACUUAAGUGGAUGCCUAAGUAUCACUGAUGUGUCCUUGUGUGCAUUAGGAGAGAACUGCUCACUUUUGAAGUAUGUGGACUUUUCAGCUACUCAGGUAUCUGACAGCGGUGUGGUUGCGCUUGUUAGUGGGCUCUGUGCCAAGAAAUUAGAGGAGAUUCACAUGGGACACUGUAUUCACCUGACUGAUGCUGCCCUAAAGGCCGUGGUUACUUACUGUCCUCACAUCCGUAUUUUACACUUCCUUGAUUGCCCGCUAAUAACAGGUUCCAGGGAUCGAACUCGGGUCCCGGCACUUGUGAGGCAAGCGGCAGAACCACUGAGCUAAAUCCCUGGCCCCUGUUAACACUAUUUUAAAGUAGAUCAUGCGCGAGAAAUCCUGGAGCAGAAAUUCUUGGGCCCAAACAAACUAAAGCAGGUGAUGUGGACGGUGUACAUUGAUGCUCACAGAAGCUAAGCAGAGCCGCACUUGAGGGCUCAUCGCAGCUGGAUUCCAGGAAACAGGCGAGAGAGCUUUACUUUCCAUUGACUUUAACGCUAUUUUUCAUUGUCUUAGUUCAGCUGUAACUCUCAGAGGUAUCAGCUAAACCCUAGCGUACACCUUUGUGCUCUGAAGUUACCCAUUUUGAUACUGUUAGUACGGGGCAUUGUUCUCACAAGGUGAACCCAGCAGUGAACUCUUACCUGCUUUGAGCCAGGGGAGACUAGUAUGGUUUCUGAAAUUAAAAAGUUUCAACUUAUGCUUUCCUUCAAAGUUUCCUUCUCCUAAGAGUAGGCAUUUGAACUGUUGUAAGAGAAAUUUAGGUGUGUGGAUAAACUUUAGGAGAAUUAUAAAUAAAGUUAUUUCUAAAGCGUAA